AUGACUAGAUUCAAAGAUUACAUAAGUAAUAACAGCAGCAGCAUCAAUUCUCGCCAAAGCCGUAAAAUAUCUGAAAUAGAAAUGGAUAUGGUCAAUGUUGAUAUGCCUGAUAUCAAAAAGACAUUUCAGUUUGUAAAGACAGUUGGUCGUGGAAGUUUUGGAGUUGCGAGCCUUUAUAAACGACUCAAUGAUGACGUAUCAGUGGUUUUAAAACAAAUAAAUCUUGCUGAGUUAUCAACUGCUGAAAAGGAAAUGGCAAUGAAUGAAGUUGAAGUAUUUUCUCGACUUAAGCACCCAAAUGUUAUUUCAUAUUAUAGCAGUUUCAUACGAGGUGAAAUCCUUUGCAUUGAAAUGGAAUAUGCAGAUGAAGGGAACUUAGCUCAAGUCAUCAAUGAAUCAACUAAUUACUUACCGGAACGAUAUGUGCUGAAUGUAUUUGAACAAAUGACGAAUGCUAUUGCUUAUAUGCACAGUGAAAAUAUUUUACAUCGUGACUUGAAAACUGCUAAUGUAUUCCUUAAACGAGGUGUUGUUAAAAUUGGAGACUUUGGAAUUUCUAAAAUUAUGAGUACUAAAGUUCAUGCACAAACCAUACUUGGAACGCCUUAUUACUUUUCACCUGAAAUGUGUGAAGGAAAAGAAUAUGACGAUAAAAGUGAUAUAUGGGCUUUAGGAUGUGUCUUAGGAGAAAUGUGCUGUCGUUUGAAAACUUUUACUGCUACAAAUUUAUCGGAAUUGGUGAAAAAAAUUAUGGCGGCUGAUUUUAUGCCACUUCCAGAAGGAUAUUCACCACAACUUAAACAUCUUUUAAAAACGCUUUUACAAAUCAAUCCAGUUGAUCGUCCAUCAGCUAAAGAUAUUCAAAUUUUUUACAUUCCACUUGUUUAUCGGAAUUUGGGGAAAUAUGAAGGAUACUCGUACACAAAACAUAAUGACGAGACAGAUGAAACAAUUUCUGUCAAAUCUUCAAUGAUUUUUGGUCCCAGUGCAGCAAAAGAAUAUAUGGAAGCAUCAACUGCUACUAUGAAUGAGUUAGUGCUCAAUGAACGCUCGAUUUUAUACUUGAUGAAAUCUUUUGGUGGGAAUUUUUCGUUAGAUCCAAUUCAACUCCCUUCUAACUGUAAAAUAAGGGAUGUUGCUUUUGGCGAUUCUCACUUUCUUGUGGUAACAGAAGAAGGAUCAAUUUAUGCAUGGGGUGAUGGACAGCGAGGACAAUUGGGACAAACAGUUGAUUCUACAUGGAAGCAUUUCCCAACAAAAAUUGAAACAAUUCGUCGAUAUAAUAUAGUAAAUGCUGGUGCUGGCGAUGGAUUUUCAAUAUUUUUGACAAACUAUGGUGUGAUUCUGAGCUGUGGAACGAGCAAUGAAGGAUGUCUGGGAUUCGAAAAUGUCACAAAUCUUAUGAUUCCUCGUGUUAUUGAAUCUUUUGCAGAUAUCAAAAUUAUUCAAAUAGCAUGUGAUAAAAGUCAUGUCCUUGCACUCGAUAUUAAUGGAAAUGUCUACUCAUUCGGAUCCAAUGAGUUUGGUGCAUUGGGACUUGGCAAGCAAAAAGUUGCAAUGACACCUUUGAAAGUUUCACUGCCACAAAGUGUACAAGAUGUACAGAAAAUUUAUUGUGGCCCAGAUUGUUCACUCAUUUUACUUCAUGAUGGAUCUGUCUAUGCUUGCGGUAAAAACAACUGCAAUCGAUUGGGAUUUGGAAGUAAUAUUGAAUGCUUUACAGAAUUUCGAAAAAUUCAUAGCAUCAAGAAGAAAGUCAUGGAUUUAAGUGUGUCUACGAAGCACUCAGCAUUUGUUAUAAGUGGAGGAUAUAUUUUAUCAUUUGGUGAUAAUUCAGAUGCACAGCUAUGUGUUGGUCACAAAAAAGACAUUACAAGUCAACCAGUUGUGGCUAAGAAAAUUAGUGAACGUUUUAUUCAUAAAGUUAAAUGCAACCCAACCUACACGCUUGCUUGUAAUGAUACGAAUGUCAUAAUGGCAUUUGGAACACGACAGGGAAUUCCAGAAUUUCAAGUUGAUAGUGAAGUUCCGAAAACACCUUCUACAUUUUCACAAAUCGGAAACAAUACAGCUGCAUUCACCAACUUCUUGACAUCAGUCUAUAAAUCUGAAACACUUUUGGAGCCUGUUGAGCUUUUAGGAGUUUAUUCAUCCACUGAAAUGUUAGAAAAGGGCAUCUUUAUGAAGUUAGUCGACAUAUAUCCUCUUCAUUAUGGCGUUUUAGUUUGGGUUGACACAACAACGCCGUUGCGCACCUCGAAUUAAUUUUUUUUAUUCAUUUAAACAAAAUUCUUUUAAAAUUUAUAAACACCUGAAUAAAGUA